CUUAGGAAAAUCCAUUACGAUUGAUGAAAAAAAAAACGGUUCUUAGAUUUUGAACAAUGCUUGUUAUUCAGACAGAAAUAGCGCUUCGAGAGGCGAGAGAUUCACUCUAAAUCAGAUCAGGGAAUGGGUCGACCUCCACACGGCGGAGACCCUGCCUUCCGUUUCACCUCCACUGAGGUGGUGGAGAUGGAAGCAUGUUUGCAAGAAGUCAAUAAUGCAAUACCUGCCCGUGAGACCAUCUGCUCUCUUGCAGAAAAGUUCAGUGCGUCUGCGGAUAGAGCUGGAAAGAUUGUUGUGCAACCUAAGCAGGUGUGGAACUGGUUCCAAAACAGAAGGUAUGCUCUACGGGCAAAGUUGAUUAAGGCUCCUGGGAAGCUAAGCAUUUCUACGAUUCAGGAUGAUUCAGUUCCACUGAGAAAUGCACCAAUUUCUGUUCCUUCCGGAAGGCAUGCUUUAGAUAAAACUCAGAUGGAAUUUGAAGCCAAAUCAGCUAGGGAUGGUGCAUGGUAUGAUGUUUCAACCUUCAUUUCUCAUAGAAUGUUUGAUACGGGAGAUCCGGAAGUUCGGGUUCAGUUUUCAGGGUUUGGCGCAGAGGAGGAUGAGUGGAUUAAUGUGCGCAAGUGUGUGAGACAGCGGUCACUUCCAUGUGAAGCUGCAGAAUGUGUUGCAGUUCUUCCUGGAGAUCUUGUACUCUGUUUUCAGGAAGGUAAAGAGCAGGCUCUUUACUUUGAUGCCCAUGUCCUUGAUGCAGACCUUGGCUUUGAAAUGGUUCUUGGUAUCAUCUUGCCACUUCAGCAACCCUUCAACCAUAGUCUUCAAGUGUGUCUGUAACACCUCAGUUUGUGAUUU